UCCUGAAGAGGAAAAGAAAGAAGAGCGCACUGCACAGCGCCAAAAUUACGAUUCAUUAUAGAAAGCCGGGAAACUGAAAGGAAUAGAAAGGAAGGGCACACCGCUCUCUCUCUCUCUCUCUGUUUCUGAACACAGAAUCACAGACGGCAAGCAAAGAAGGAAGUAAUGCAGCAGCCACAGCAAAUGCUUCCAAUGAUUCCUUCAUUUCCUCCAACGAAUAUCACAACGGAACAGAUUCAGAAGUACCUGGAUGAAAACAAAAAGUUGAUUCUGGCAAUUUUGGACAAUCAAAACCUUGGCAAAUUAGCCGAGUGUGCCCAGUAUCAAGCUCAGCUUCAGAAGAAUUUGAUGUAUCUAGCAGCAAUUGCUGAUGCCCAACCACAGGCAGCAAACAUGCCGCCUCAGAUGCCUCCACAUCCUGCAAUGCAACAGGGAGGCCACUACAUGCAAUAUCCUCAGGCAGCAAUUGCUCAGCAACCUGUUUUUGCACCUAGGGCCUCUUUGCAGUUUAACCCACAGCAAAUGCAGGAACAGCAGCAGCAGCUUCACUUACACCAGCAAUCAAUGCAAGGGCACAUGGGCAUGAGACCUGGAGCCAACAAUGGGAUGCUUGCCAUGCAUAAUGAGACUCUUGGAGGUGGCAGUGGUGGAAGCCAACCAUCAGCUGUGGGCCUAGGUGAGUUUACACGCGGUGGUGGCAGUGGCAAUAGUGGUGCUGCUGGUGCUUCAAGCGGAUCCUUGGAUGUACGAGGGGGGAGUAAGCAUGAUGUCUCAGAGGCAGGUUCUGGUGAUGGGCAGGGAAACUCAGCUGCUGGGCAUGGCAGCGCUGAUGGGGAUCCAUCAUACCUUAAGGGAGCAGAAGAUGGCAACUGAAAUGAACUGGUGAUAGGGUGCUACAUGAGUUGAGGGGGUGUGUUGGUGUUUCACUUUUUCGUAUACUAGUGCUGCUAUACUUAUCAACUACAAUGUAUGUUUCCUGUUCCCUCUUUCAAGCAAAAGAGUUUGUAUGUGCAUGAAUUUUCUACAAACAAAUGCAGAAGAAUAGGCAAAACAGAACUUGUAUAAAUUUACAUCUCUUAACAGCAUUUGUUCUUCUUGUGUAGGAUUGAAUGUAAAAUGCACUGUAGGUGAUCCAUGAUCGGAGAGGAGAUUUAUGACUGGACUUUCAAGAACAUAUAUAUAUAUAUAUAUAUAUAUUCUGAGA